CUCUGUUUGAUUUAACAAGAGAUUGUUACUUAGCAGUCCACUCCUCCACUCCGCCCCCUGGACAAGCCAAGCACAACACAUUCACAAGCUUUUAGGAGAAGAAACCAGCCCGUAUCCUACUUCUUAUCCUGUGGAAAUAACAGCAUUUAUAAUGGAAAAACCUGAUGCCUUCGUCAAACAGAUUACUUCUUAGAAUAGGUGAGGCUUGUUGAAAAUGGAGUACUCGCGCAAGUGUUUUAGAUAUCCCGAAGAGAGACGACUAACAAGUAGAAAGUUUGUUGAGCUCCAUGUGCUGUUUGUACCAAAUGAACAGUGGAACUUAAAACUGAAUAGAGUGCCGGUUGAAGCCAUAGAGAGCUUCAUAUCUACUGGAUUCAUCAGGGUGUUUCCUGAUACAUCUCUCAGAACUCUCAGGAGUGAGCUUGGCAUUCUCCUCGGAGCUGAGAGAGAUAUUGACACGUUUUCAUUUUUAAAAUGUGUGGGCCGAAGCUUGGCAUUGGUCAAAGCCAAACAAGAAAGGGAUCUGAAAGUGAAGUAUUUUGCCCCUCCAUAUGCCCCUCAGCCAGAGCUGUAUCUGUUGCCCAGGGUGGAGAUCGACAACAGUGUCUGUUCACAGUCCCUCACCCCCAACACCCACUCCACAGACCCCCAGAUUUACUACACUGCCAGAGUGCAAGGAAUGCCAACAGGGACAAAAGAGCCUUUUAAAUUCCCUCAGAUUCCCCAGGGUCUCCAGCCCCAGCCCCCUCCCUCCCCCAGCCCCGAUGAGGAGGCGGGGGAAGAGGAGAGCUAUAGCUCCACAGAGGAGAAUGAGGAGGACCUUCUCUCCUCUCAGAAGCCUGGGUGCGCUGAGGAUGACCAACUCCUGUGGAAGGCCCAAGCCCAGGGGCCACCCCAGUGUGUCAUAGAGGCUAAAGAAUCAGUUGUGGGGAAGGUGGCACCGUCUAAGAAGAAACAGCGUUUCAAGAGAAACCGAGCCAGCGACUCGGGGGUUCCAGAGUCACUGGAAGAUAAGGAUUCUGUGUUUUCUCCCACCCCACACAGGUUUAGGAAAUCUAUAGAUGCACAGACACUGAAGUAUAUCAGGAAUAAACAAAAAAAUGAGGUCCCUGAACACCCAGUAACUAUGCCUACACAGUACACCUCUCCACCCCCCGCCCCAAACCUGGGCACUCGUAAAACGGCUGCCUCGGUCUUCCUAUCAAGUAGAGAUGAACUGAUGGAGGAAAUUAAGAUGGCAAAAGAGGAGAGAAAGCAACUAGAACAGACAAGACAAGAGUUGCUGAGAAAAGGAAAAGACUUGCUGGCACAGAACAGACACCGUCGAAAUCAAGCUCGUGACAGUUGGAAGAGGAGCUAUUUUGAUACCAAGAAGGCCACAGCCCCUUUGGAGGUCACACUGAGAAGUCUUCGUCAAGAGCUGGAGAUAUUCUACAAUAACAUCCUACACCAGCUAAAGGCGAGGGAUGGAGGAGGAAAGCCCAGAUGGCGGGGAAGAUUGUCGAGCACCAAAAAUGAGCUCAUUAUCCAGAUAAUGACAGAGAGCCAUGAGAUUGACAACCUAAGGAGGAAGGUGGAUGAUGCCAAGAUGAGGCUCGUCACAGAGAUCAAGCUCGGGAAGCAGGCUGCCACAGAGCUGAGAGCCUUGAAGGCUGAGCUGGCCCAGAAGAAUACCCAGACAUUUCUCUCUGGAUGCAUGGGCUUUGGAGCAGGAGCAAGGGACAGACCGCAGGCUCAUAGCAUCCCUAACUGAGCCACUUCUACCAGUACCACCGUGGCCUUAUUCCAGAAGACAAUAUUCGCUUUUAGCUUAUUCCAAAUGAUUUAUUUUAGAAAAGGUCACAUUUAAAUUAGGUCUAUUUGCAGUGCAUAUCAAGUGAAAGCCAUGACUUCACAGUUUACCAAACAAUUGUUUGUAUUAAACUGUCGUGUCCCUGUUGCAGCAAGAACAAGCUCUCAUUUGAUCAUUUACCUGUGUUGAUACUACCAACUUAAAAUCGUAAGCAUGAAAACAAAUAUUUGUACAGUAUCAAAGCAACAGUAUCUGCCAUGACUAAGAGAUUUCGUAACUGUUUCAGGAUGGAAUUUUCUUCAGAAGUCACAGCGGUUUUAGGAUUGACUUUCUGAAGCGUAAACAUUUACAUCCUAUUUUAAUCUUAGCGGCUCUUACUGAAAGUGACUGCAUUCCCCUAAAGUAGGUAAAACAACCACAUAUCCCGAUCAUUGCAAGCGAAACAACGAUCUGUAAAAUCAGUGUUCGUGAGAGUAAAAGAAAAGACAAGUACAACAGUUAAGUGUUGUUGGUAGGAGUUAUUUAUGUUUUUUUUCUUCAAACCUACUGGCAUAUGCAAAUCACAGUAUUUAUUAAGCGCUUAUAUGGCAAAGCCAAAUUUGUUUUGUAGGAUUCAGACAGCGGCACAAUGCUGUGUUUGACAAUCAACCAUUUUGAAUCCAUCUGUGCUGGCAUGAUUCUUUGUACAAAACAAAGUUUUAAAGUGGCUCAUGUUUUUACAAUUGCAAUACAAAAAAACUAUGAAAUAGAAGUGCAAGUACGCAUCCCUGAGCUCAAGAGGAAGACACAUUACGGUUCCUCUGUCCCACUUCUGUCCUCGAACAAAAGCAUCUAUUGACAAGCAACAAAUAGCAGUGAGGAUCCAAUGGAAAGGCAGUCUUCUCAGCACUGAGCGUCUUGGCAGCCCAUGAGGGCGUUCCACAUGUCUCGACUCUGUUCCCGGGCAACUGGGUUGUUGCUGUAGUCCAGGAGGUUGCCGCACCACAUUCCCGUGCCCUUCAGGCCCAGCUCUCGUACAUAUGCCACCUUCAGGGCAAUGCUUUCUGGGUCGUCGUACCACACCUGAUGGAUCUGUCCCCUUUGGUCCUGUGGAUGACAGUUCAGUUCACAAACUCUGUUAUGGGACAAUGGCACCGUCUUUGCGAACAAGGAGGAUAAUGCAGCCUUGGCGAGAGUUCAACUUGAGCCAGAGUGUUUUAUUGGAUUUGGAGGAAGCGAUGUGUUGUGAGGUGACUGUGUUAGUUCAAUCUAACAGCACUGCAGUCAAAUAGCCUUUCCCCCGAAAUGGCUGCAGCUUCUGUUGAGUUGUCAUUUGUCACCAGCAGCCCAGACAAAUAGGCUUAUAGGCUACUUGUUCAACAAACCUUCUAUACAAUGUGUCUCCAUACCUUGUAGUUGUAGUAGGGAGCCAGCUGGACCUCGUCCCACAGCCUGCCAGACAGAGAGCUGUUGAUCUGUUUCAUCAUAAAGCUGUAAGGGAUCUGACGGCCAGCUGCAUCGCUACAAGGUGCACCCCGGAACGGAACCUUGGCUAAGGAGCACACCCCUUCCUAAUUAGAGAAAAAGACACAUAUAGUUGAGACAGCAGGACGAUGUUCUCUCUCAUUUUUUUCUGGUACAGUGCCUGCUACAGAAAGUAUUCACACCCCUAGACUUUUUCAACAUUUUGUUGUUACAAAAUGGGAUUAAAAUUCAUAGAAAAUAAAUUUUUAUGUCAACAAUCUACACAAAAUACUCUGUCAAAGUGGAGAAAAUAAUUAUAUAUAUAUCUUGAUUUGAUAAGUAUUCAACCCCCUGAGUCAAUACAUGUUAAUCACCUUUGGCAGCGUUUACAGCUGUGAGUCUUUGUGAGUAAGUCUAAGAGCUUUGCACACCUGGAUUGCACAACAGUUGCACAUUCUUUUAAAAAUACGCUACCAAAAUUGGUUGUUGAUUAUUGCUAGACAGCCAUUUAAGUCUUGCCAUAGAUUUAAGUCAAAACUGCAACCAGGUCACUCAGGAACAUUCAAUGUCAUCUUGGUAAGCAGAUUGGUAAGGUUAUGGUCCUGCUGAAAGGUGAAUUUGUCUCCCAGUGUCGGAAAGCAGAUUGAUAUACCCUGAUGAAGACAGCUUGUCUGUCGAAACGUCGGACAUCACAUUUUUGCAUCUGAGCUCCUAGGAAAGGAAAGCAGAUUGAACCAGGGUUUCCUCUAGGAUUUUGCCUGUGCUUAGCUCUAUUGUGAAAAACAAGAUAAAGCAUACCCAUAACAUGCAGCCACCACCAUUCUUGAAAUGUGAUGGGUAUAGUAUGUUGGAUUUGCCAUAAACAUAACACUUUGUAUCCAGUACAAAGUUCAUUUAAGAUUUUCUUUGUUGCAGUUUUAUGGUAGUGCCUUACUGGAAACCGGAUGCAUAUUAAUGAAUCUUUUUCUUCUGUACAUGCUUCCUUUUCAUUCUGUCAAUGAGGUUAGUAUUGUGGAGUGAGUAACUACAACACUGUUGAUCCAUCCUAAGUUCCCCUAUUACAGCCAUUAAAAACUCUGUUGGAAA